GGAGGGUGAGGGGGGGGAGAGAACCAUUAAAGAAAAAUGGCCGUCGAGCGAAAAUCGAGAAAUACGAAAAACGAACGAGUGUGUAACGAUCAAAUGUGAAUACGAUCCGGUGGUUUUUUCAACGGAUUAACCACGGUACGGCGAGCGAAAAUGCGAAACGAGAUGACGAUGUACACGUUAAAGCCGAUUGUCUCCUUGCCGCGAACGUUCCAUCAUAGAAAAACGAUGUACGAAAUGCGAAAUAUUCAUGAAGAACGAUCAACAGACGACCAUACGGCAGCCGAGAACAAGAUCGUGCCUGAUAUCACUGACCAGGUUAUCAGCUUUUUAAAGAGUCCGCUGCCAGAAUAUAAUGCAUUGGAAGCAAGGCAAGAAAAGAUACUGGCACAGCUUGCAGAACUAAAGAAACAAGUAGCAACGCUUUCUGGGUUUCUGAGACAAACGAAUCAAGCUGUAGUAGUUAGUGAAAGUUCUUCAAUUAAUAAGAGUCAGGUGCCAAUUAAUGUGAAUCUUAUUGUGAAUGUGAAUCCUAAGAGGCCACCUUAUUUUAUAUCAGCGUUACAAAAGUUGUGGAAGGAUACUGAUAUUAAAGUGCAAACUUAUGUUCAUUCAAGUGUGAAUGAAGGAGGGUCUAUUAUUUAUGAAUCAGUUACAAGUUCUUCCAAGAAUAAUGUUAUUAACCUAUCAUUGAUCUGGAAAGAUGUUGAGGACCUGGAACUUAUAUUAUCUGGUUUACAUAGUUACUAUAUAAUUGGUGAAACGAAUUUUCUAAGAUAUUUAAGUAGAUUAAUAAAUUCGCAUAAUUAUGAAAGUUUUGCUUGUACAGAGAAGGUAAAUACAACUGAUUUGAUAUUAGAUCUGUGUUAUUCUUUACAUUUUGAAGAAUCAGCAAAUAAAAAACAAGAGAUAUUAUCGUUAAUAGCAGAUAAAUUAAAUUGGUCAGCUGAAAAGAUUCUUGAUAUAGCAGAUGUUGCUGCAUGGUGUACAGUUAAACAAUUUUUUUCACAGAAAUAUCCAUCAAAACUUAAAAAAUGGUAUGAAGCUUGUGAAAAACAUUUUGUAUAAAUAAAUCUCUUAUUAAAACA